AAUUGGAAAUUUUGUGCGAGUUUAUUAGUUUUUUGUGCUGUGUCUGUUGAAAUAUACUUUUGUGUGUGGGUGAAUCAAUGUUUGGAAUUUGAAUUGCAAUGCAAAAUGUGAAAGAUGAGUAAAAAAGUAAACAAAAUCGAAAAUUGUAAACAAAUGUGCUAAAGCCAACGAGUUGCUAGCUACAAUUGAAAUAAAUUGCGGUUCACUUUGUGUUCUUUGCAAUAAAUAUUAAGAAUAUUUACAUCUGCUAAAUUUGUGCUGAAUAGAAUUCUUUACGUCUCUGUAUAUAUUGGAAUAAUAUUUUGCAGUUAUUUUGGAAAUCGCGAAAAUCGCAAAUUCUAUAAUUGUGCGGUGCAAAGCAAUUGUGUUUUGUGUAUAACAACGGAAAAGCCGCCUUACGCGAGCGUGUGUGUGUGAUAUAACUAUGUAGUGAAGCCAGUGGGUGGCUUGCUUUUUCCAGCCUGGUUACAUUGUCCUUCAACAAUUUCGCGAAAUGUCAAGCCAUGUGUACAGAGCCCCUAGUGUAGAUAUCAAUAAAUAAUCGUGAAAAGAGUUUACUAAACUAAAAGUAAGCGUUUAUUUUAAAGUGAUGGGUUUGCCGGUGUGGCUCCCACAGGAAUAGCAGUGAGAUUACUCAUCGGGUUCUAUAAAAUAAAAGUAACAAAAAAGUGACCGGGCGUCAUUCUCACAGUAGACCCCUUACGAGUGUCAGAAAAUAUCUAUACAAACACACGUGUUCCGAUAUUCAUAUAUAUACAUACAUAAGUGCAAAUAAAUUAAAGGAAGUAGUGGCGCUAUAUAAAAAUAGAUUUGUAUUCGCAAAUUUAAUGCUACUGAAAUAAAAAUAAAAGUGAAAAGCUACGUCAUACUCUACGUUGUAUACGUAUCCCUGCAUUUGACAACGCAAAAACAACAUACGAAAAGUCACCAACUCGUUGGAGGCCGUGCUGACAUUCGGCGCAUAUUCGUACAUAUCUGCAUAAACGACCGUGUGUUUGCGUCAGUGUUUGCCAUCAUCUGUGUUCUUCCUUUCAACUUGUAUUCCAUCUGCCAAGAACUUGAGUUUUUUCUAUGUAUUUUCAUUUUGUUUGUGUGUAACUUGUUUUUAUAAGAAUUUAUAAACUGGUAUAAAUUCUUGUUGGAUUGUGUUCUUCUACGAGUUAUUUCAAACUUGGCCUUCGCUUUUGAUUUGUGGCCAAGAUGAGCGAACGCAAAUUCUCACGCGUCCUAAACAGCAACAAAGCCGGUAUGGCAGCACAGCUGCGCGACUCCGUCUCGCAGGUGGUGCGGCAGAGCACAGCGCUGAACAAAUCGCACGUGGUGGAGCCCAUCGAUUUUGAGGGCUUUGUUGCGAAAAACAAAAUGCUAAUACAAAAUGAUCCGCAGCGAGAACUCUUGAUAUAUCCCAAUGACGAUGUGUCGGAAAUCGUCAUGCCUCGCAAACAGCGCACAAAUACCAAAUCAAUUAUCGACCGUUUCGAACCGCCGAACGAAGCUAUCAUUUGCCCAUUACACGGUGGCACAAAUGGCAGCUCUAACGGCUCAAGUAGUGCUUCCAUUUCACGCCAGAGUAGUCAUACAAAUAGUCCCAAGACAACACAACGCCAAAUUAGCAGUCAAUCCAAUGCAAACGUACAAAACGGUAAUCUCUCGAGAAAAAGCUCGCAGAGUUCAUCUACAAAAAUACAGCUAUCCAUCAAAUCACCAACUUCCUCACACGAAUCCUAUGAGUCUGCGCUUUCAACUGCGUGCUCGGCUGGUGGCAAUCUGACUUCCACCUCGCAUUCAUCCUCAUCGUCAACAUUGAAAUCGAAUAUACUCGCACAACCCGAAGAAGAUGAGGAUUUGGACGGCUCGGAUGGUGCGGAUGGCAUGAGUAGCAAUGGAAGUGGUGGCGGUACACGCGCCGAAUGUACGCGCUUCACACGUCAAGCGUUGUAUACGUAUCGUGCAAAGAAUCAUCUCAUACAUUACAAGUAUAGCGCUUACGGUGGCACUUGCCAUGACUUGCCAAAAAUAAAUCCACCCGAGGCUUUGAUAGAGGAAGUGUAUGAGAUUGAUGCCGAUCAGGAUCGUAUUGACGAACAAAUGACGCGAUCUCAAGCUGAUUCGAUAACCAAGCAGGGAUACUUGUUGAAGGGUCCCGACUCGGGUUCGGAUCGCAUGUUUGUCAAUAUUGGCAAUAAAUCCUUUAAAAGGAGGUAUUGCUAUCUGCGCCAGGAAGUGGACGGCACCUACAUACUCGAAUUACACAAAGAUGAGAAGCAAGGUGAGGCUAAAGCAACAAUAGUCAUGGACUUUUGCACGGAAGUGGUGCAGAAUCCCAAACGUGGACGCUUUUGUUUCGAACUACGCAUGACCGCUGGUCAUAAGUCCUUUACGCUCGCUGCCGAAAACGAAGAAGAAUUCAAGGAUUGGCUAAGCAAGCUCUCGCUGGUGUUGCAACAAAACAAGAUUCAAGAGGAUAAACGUGUUGCAUCAUUGGAGCGCGCGCCGCAACCAAGCACCAGCACAGUCAUCUUCGGCACACUAAAAGGCCUCGAUCAGUCCAUGAACCCGCAAUUGAUUAAGUACGGACGUGAAACAGACAUUUCAAUUGCGCAGGCGCGGCGCGAACAUCGCCGACGUCUCUUCGCCUGCUACCAAACGACGGGUAAAGCAACAAGCACCGACAGCGUCGAUCAGUUUCGUGAGCAAUUCGGCAAACGCAUAUUUAUUGCCUGUAAGGGCUUACGUUUUCGCUUGCAGUGCGCUGGCACAGACGGACUCGAUGGCGAAAACUUAUGCCAAGUGGAACCAUACAUCACCAGCUUGGCAUUGUAUGAUGCACGUAACGGACGAAAAUUAACCGAAUCAUUUUACUUUAAUGUAAACGAUGACUCUGUCAGCGAUAUGCUGCCCACGACGCCAGUGCCAAAUUCCGUCUCGACUUGUUGUGUGCCACAGCGACGCGCCGAUGAGAAGGAUGAGCGCGCGCGCAGCAAUGGCGUGCGCGUACAAAACUCGUUGCUGGAGAAUCUCUCCGGAGAUUUGCUGCGUUGUGGCAAAGAACACUUUGCGCACUUGCGUCAGGCGGUAUUCUCAGUGACAGCGCCACAUCCAGAUAUCUACUUGGUGCUGAAGGUGGAGAAAAUACUGCAAGGUAGCAUAGUGCAAGCGGCCGAGCCGUACUUGAAGACUGGACGCGAUCCGAAGAUCGCAUUAAAAUUACACAAAACAGCGCGUAAUUACGCGCAAAACAUAGGACACUAUCGGCAGCCCUUCGCAUGGGCGGCCAAACCGCUUUUUCGACUCUACCGCAACGAAUUGGAUACGGAGAAUAAUACAUUCGAAUUGACGACCAUCUACCGACAGGAGGCGAACAAGUUGAAAGAUGAGGAGCUGUUGAAAUUGCUGGCGGAAUAUCGAAAGCCCGAUAAAUUGAGCAAACUCACAGUUAUACCGGGCUAUAUGAAGCUAACCAUUGAGGAGGUGGAGAAGGUGUCAGGUUCCUUUACUAAGUCUUUAGUGCCGCUAGCUAACUUCACAUUUCCACCCAAACCGCCCACGCUCGAGCUGACCGAAUUCCAAAGCAAUUGCAAGCGCGACACCUAUCCCUACAUAACAUUCUGCAAUCACUUAUUUGUCUAUCCGCAGUACUUGCAAUUCGAUAGUCAAAAGUUAUUUUCGCGCGCACGCAACAUUACCGUUGUGGUGGAGUUGCGCGACUCGGAUGAGGAGGGUAGCAAGCCAUUGAAGUGCAUUUACGGUCGCCCCGGUCAUGAUUUCCUAGUCUCGCAAAUCGCUUGCCCUGUGCUGCAUCACCACACCACACCCACUUGGUAUGAGGAGGUGAAAAUGCGUCUGCCAUUGGGACUCUUCCCCGAACAUCACUUGCUCUUCUCCUUCUACCAUGUGUCGUGUAAUUUGGGCAAGAAGCGUGAUGCCAAUGCUGCGUUCGAAACACCCAUCGGUUAUGCUUGGUUGCCGUUGUUGCAGAAGGGUCGCAUCAAUCUGGAAGAGCAAGCCAUCGCUGUGGCGGCGACCCUACCGGCGGGCUAUUUGUCGAUACAGCCGCUGGGCCUGGGCAAAGGGAAUUGCGGUCCCGAGAUACAAUGGAUCGACAAUCAGCGCUUACUGUUCGGCGUCGCCUUCCGCAUGGACUCAACCGUACUGACCGCCGAUCAGCAUUUGCAUAACUUUUUCGCUCACUGCGAAAGACUGUUGGAGGGCGGCAAAACCACAGCGCUCCCCGCAGAAUCGGAGACCUGUAAAAUACUCAAAGCGGCGCAUGCGGUCGAUAUCAGCACGCUGAUUAAUUUCUUGCCAACCGUAUUGAAUGAAUUGUUCACACUACUCGUGCACACACAGUCGGAGGAGAUCGGUUUGAAUAUCAUACGCCUACUGAUCAACAUCAUACACAUGCUGAUCGAUGAGGCCGGUCGCAAAGAACUACUCAGCGCCUAUGUUAAGUAUGUCUUUCAUGCGCCCUACUACAGUCAGAAGACGUCGCGUACGGUGCACGGUGAGCUGUGCAAAUAUCUGCCGACCAUUCUGCAUCCGCACAAUACCGAUUUUCUGAUCGUCAAUAAGUUUAUGCAUUAUUCGGGUAUAUUCUUCGAUUUGAUUAUUAAAAGUAUGGCACAACACCUAUUGGAUACGGGACGUAUACGUAUGCUGCGGAACGAACGCUUUCCCAAAGAAUUUCCAGCGCGUGUUGAGAGUUUGAUCAAAGUGCUGACUUCAUACCUGAUCUCGCGCUACAAAGAUCUGCCUGUGGAGACGCAACAGUUGAAUCGUUCGUUGUCGCAAUUCGUGCGUCGCUGCCUCAGCUACAUGGAUCGUGGUUUCGUCUUCAAGUUAAUCAAAUAUUAUAUGGAACAGUUUGAGCCGGGCGAUCAGCGUACGCUGCAAGAGUUUAAGUUUGACUUUCUGGCUGAGAUUUGUCAGCACGAACAUUAUGUGCCGCUGAAUUUGCCAUUCGUGUUGAAUCCGAAGAAUCGUCCACCGGAAAUGAUGCUGCACUUUACACUUUCGGACGAGUUCUGUCGCCAACACUUUCUUGCCGGUUUGCUGUUGCAACAGCUGAAACAAAGUCUGAACGAAGCGAGCGCGGUGCGACGCCAUGCGCUGCGCAUCUUCAAAAAUCUGCUCGCCAAGCAUGAACUCGACGAUCGCUAUCAGAAUCGUGGACAACUCUCACGCAUAGCUCUGAUCUAUGUGCCCUGGUUGGGUAUUGUCAUAGAAAACACGCAUCGUAUCGACGAUAUGUCUGGCGUGGCAACGCCAAAUGGUCACGUCUACGCCGAUUCGGCUUCGUAUACACAGCGUUUGUCAUGUUCCAGCAGUUAUGUAUUUGGCAAAGACACAGCCUUGAAUUCGUCAACGUCUACGCCGCGUUCGAAAAAUCGCAUGACGCUGCAUAUUGAACAUCCGAGUCCCCUGCGCGCUUCAGUCUAUGUGAGAGAUACACCGCACCCAGGCACAGCGCCGCUCGCAAAUGGAAACUCGGAGAGUUCGCUAAACACGCUCAAUUCCGAUUCGCAAAAUUCACAAGACACGCCCACUUUAGGCGCCGUCACAAAUGGACACCCUGUUACCGACUUGACCGACGUAGCCAUGCGCAACGGACACAAUCGCUCGCUUAAUCUUAUGCACGGCGUGAAUAGUUUACCGCGUUGCGAUAAAUUCAAUACGGCGGAGAGUAAAGAUCUCUUGCUUGGUUUUCUAUUUGUGGUCAAGCAUUUAGCGCAAGAUCAAAUGAUCGGCUGGUGGCAGAAUUGUACCGAAACUGAAACGCUGGCUUAUCUCAGCAUAUUGGAUUUGUGUCUGGUGCAAUUCCGUUACGUGGGCAAAAAGCAUAUCAAUUUAACGGACGAUGGUAAGGAGGCGCGUGCCGCGCGCACCGCCAAGGCCAGUACAUUACCUGCGCGUAUGCAGCCACCUAGCGCAGAGCAAGCCGCUAAUAGUAAUGGCACAGCUCAUGAAUCGGGUACACUUAAUCAUACGCAGAAUCGUGAAAAUCUUGUUGAGGAAACAGCGCGCAGUCAACAGGCGCUUUACGAGUCUAAUUUGGCCACUGAAAUCGGUAUGAUCAUACUCGAUAGUCUCGGUUUGUAUGCCGUACACUUUCGUGACAAAUUGUGUGACAGCCUAGUGUUGCCCCAGCUGGCACGCGUCUAUCUGCGUUUUCUGCAGCUGGGCCAGUCGGAGAGAUUGUCGAAACAUGUGUUUGCCGCACUGCGCGCUUUCAUUAACAAUUUCUCAAUAGCGCUCUUCAAGGGCAACGCCACGCUAUGCGGUCAAAUGGUCUAUGAGCUCUUGAAGGGUUGUGACAGUCGUCUAGUCGCAAUACGCCACGAGUCAUGCGCAGUGCUCUAUUUGCUUAUGCGUAGCAACUUUGAAUAUACCGGCCGCAAAGGACUCACACGUGUGCAUCUGCAAGUGAUCAUCUCCGUUUCACAGAUGAUCGGCAAUGUGAUCGGUUUGAAUAACGCGCGCUUCCAGGAAAGUCUCUCCAUGAUUAACAGUUACGCGAAUAGCGAUAAAGCAAUGAAAGGCACCGGUUUCCCAAUGGAGGUUAAAGAUCUGACGCGUCGCGUUCGCACCGUACUGAUGGCCACCGCACAAAUGCAGGCCCAUCACAUGGAUCCCGAACGCUUGCUCGAGCUACAGUAUUCACUAGCAAACUCUUAUGCUUCCACACCCGAACUGCGCCACACAUGGCUCAUUACGAUGGCGCGCAAUCACGAGCAGAAUGGUAACAUAUCGGAGGCGGCUUGCUGCCACCUGCACAUCGCUGCGCUCAUGUCAGAGUAUUUACGCUUACGUGGUGGCUGCAACAUCAAUUGGGGCGCCUCGUCCUUCAAGCAGAUAUCACGCAAUAUACCGCGUGACGAGCAAGGUUUGAAAUUGGAUGCAGGCGCUCAGGAUUCGCAAUACACCGAACAGAUGUUGUUGGACCAGCUGAAGCAGUGCGCUGAUUUUCUCGAUCGCGCUGAACGCUUCGAGUGCUUGGGUGAUCUUUAUAAACUCAUAUUGCCGAUGUAUGAGCGCAAUCGUUCGUAUAUCGAGUUGGCGCAAUCGUACGAGCAUCUCAUGCAAGCUUAUAAUAAAAUCGUCGAAGUGAAUCGUUCGGGCAAACGGAUGUUGGGUCGCUUCUAUCGUGUCGUGUUUUUCGGCAUGAUGUACUUUGAAGAUGAUCACGCAGUUGAGUUUGUUUACAAGGAACCGAAACUAACCUCACUUAGCGAGAUUUCAGAGCGACUCUCGAAACAAUACAAAGAGAAAUUCGGCGAGGAUGUGGUCAAGAUGAUAAUGGACUCAUCACCGGUGGAUCCUAAUGCGCUCGACGCCAAAUUGGCCUACAUCCAAGUCACUCACGUCAUACCAUUCUUCAGCAAAGAAGAGCUCGAUCAGCGCUUAAACGAAUUCGAACAAAAUCACGAUGUCGACACUUUUAUGUACGAAACACCAUUCACGAAAUCCGGUGCUGCGCGUGGCAGCGUCGAGGAGCAAUGGAAGCGCAAGACGGUCAUCAAAACCACCUACUCCUUCCCCUACGUGCUGAAACGUAUACCGGUAAAGUCACGCGAAAUCAUCGAGCUGAGCCCCAUAGAGGUGGCGAUCGACGAAAUGCAAACGAAGGUUUCAGAACUCGAAGAGGUCAUACUGCCGCCAGCCGAUGUUAAGAAGCUGCAGUUGCGGCUGCAAGGUAGCGUCGCCGUCACCGUCAAUGCCGGUCCACUCGCCUAUGCGCAAGCAUUUUUGGACCCCAAAAUAGUGAGCAAUUUCUCCAUAGAUCGCGUGGAAGAUUUAAAGGACAUUUUCAGAGACUUCGUUAAGGUCUGCAAUACGGCCCUGCAGUUGAACGCGCGCAUGAUCAGCAACGAUCAAGCCGAAUAUCACAAUGCGCUCGCCGAAAACUAUCGCAAACUGUGUCAGGCGCUCAGCGAGCUACUCGGUGAGCCGUUUCAACCUUUGGAUGAUAGCGUCACGAGCGGGCAACGCAAUAGCAUGGCUUUGUUUAAUGCAAUCAGUGGCGCUUCGCAAAAUUCAAGUUUUGGUUUUGCAGUGUAUUAAUUUAUAAUAAAAGCCACACAGUCACAAGUAAUGCAAUAAAAAGCAACAAACACCCAUACAAUUACACCAACACAAUUACAAGCAAAAAAUGCGACUCAAUGAAUUUACAACAACAAUAACAUAAUUGACACGCAUAUGUAGAACAUAAGUAAACUGCAUAUGUAAGCCAAACACAAUAGUUAAAGGACAAGCACACGAAACGAGGAUCGAAUAAGAAUUCAAAACAAGUACAACAAAAUAGCUAACCGAUACAAACACAGAAACACAGCAAUGUAUGUGCUUAUGCAGUUAGAACAAAUAUUUGCAGGAGCGCUUUGGUUAUUUGGCGUAUAAAAUAUUUAUGAAUAUAAAAUUAUAUUAAAGGAUAUACAUACUUGGUACACAAACAACAA